AUGGCUUCCGGUCUUUUGGAUAAUUUGAGCGACUCUCCCGACGAAUCAAACGAUAGCUCUAUGGAAUUCUUUCUUAACGCGUUACACUUUCUUGAAGAUACGGCAAGUUCUAGUGCUCCUCAAACUCGACGGUAUAUGGACCGGCGUCGGGAAAUUGGUCUUGCCACUCUUUUGAACGAUUGGUUCGUUCAACAACCAAAAUACGAAGACGAUUACUUUCGAAAGAAGUUUCUAAUGGACAAGACCAUGUUUUUAGAUAUCGUGCGCGACAUUGAAGCAAACUUCCCGUAUUUCCAAGAACGUUACGAUGCAAGAAAAAGAAAAAGUUUUACGGCGAUACAGAAAUGCACAUCCGUCGUUAGGCAACUCGCGACGGGUAACGCACCAGACGAGUAUGACGAGUACUUGUGCAUGGCAGCCAGAACCGCACGUGAGACCCUUGAUUAUUUUUGUGACGCCAUCAUUCGGUUGUAUAGCUGA